AUGUCCCUGCAGCUGGAGGAGAACGUCCCCACCACUGAGGAGGAGGAUGAGGAGGAGGAAGACGAUGAGGAGGAGGAUGAUGAUGAUGAUGAAGAAGAAGAGGAGGAGGAGGAGGAGGAGGAAUCUGAUACAAAGUCCUCUGGGAAGAGAAACAAAGGAUCAGCUUCUUCUUCUUCCGGAUCCAAAAAGAAGAACAAGAAGAAGAACCAACCCGGGAGAUACAGCCAGCUGGUGGUGGACACCAUCCGCAAACUGGGCGAGAGGAACGGCUCUUCCCUGGCCAAGAUCUACAGCGAGGCCAAGAAGGUGUCCUGGUUUGACCAGCAGAACGGUCGCACCUACCUGAAGUACUCGGUCAAGGCCCUGGUCCAGAACGACACCCUGGUGCAGGUCAAGGGGGUCGGCGCCAACGGUUCCUUCCGACUCAACAAGAAGAAGCUGGAGCCCGCCGCCAAGAAAGCGGCUCCCAAAAAAAGCCCCAGAAAGACCAAGGCGAAACCCAAGCCUCCUAAGAUGAAGAAAGCCAAGAAGAGCAGCCCCAAGGCGGCGACCACGGCGGCGGCCAAGAGCACCAAGAAGAAGAAGUCCCCCAGCAAGGCAGCUAAGAGCCCCAAGAAGUCCCCCAGCAAGGCGGCCAAAAGCCCCAAGAAGUCCCCCAGCAAGGCGGCCAAGAAGGUGAAGAAGACGGCCAAGCCCAAAGCGCUGAAAGCCAAGAAGUCCAAAUAA